AUGCCGCCUGGCUUAGAAGGGGGAGGGCCUCUGGCGCUUCCGGAGCCCGCAGCCAUCCUUCUCCACCGCUGGGGCUUGCAGCUCCAGGGUGCCCCAGGAAUAGCCGCAGUGCCCCCGUGCCUUCGCCCUCCCUCCUCUGGCCUGCUCAGUGUACAGUACGGUGACUCUACCACCCAGGCCGGCGCCCCGCAUCUUCAAAGUGUAGCCCCCUUCCUUGAGUCUGCCUUCCUCCGCCACGCUCAGGGCAUCAGCAUGGCCAUCUCCUCACGACUGGCCCUGUGGGAGCAGAAGGAAAGUGGCGCCCAUCUCCACGUGGCUGGCAUGAUCCGGGAAGAGGACCGCAGCCCCCCGCCCUCCUCUCCGCCCCCGCUCUUCUCGGUCAUCCCUGGAGGCUUCAUCAAGCAGCUGGUGCGGGAAACAGAAAAGGAGUCCAAAGAAGCGAAACUGAAAGAUAAAAUUACGUUAAACUCCAAAGAAGAUCCUCCGGGGAAGCAGGUCGAGGGAACCGUCCAGCAGUUUGUGACCAAAGACGCCAACAUCAUGCAGGUGGGGAAGGACGUGGCCGGCCGGGGGGAGCUGCCGCAGGGGCGGCUGAAUGGCGAGAAGCCCGCGGGGGGCGGCAUGGCCGAGAUCCAGGAGAGGAAGCCCUUGCCUUCCAAGACAGCCCCCCCAAGAAGCAAUGCCAAGCAGCCGGGGCCGCCUGCCGCUGAAUCGCUCCGGGGAUGCCCAGGCUGCCGCAGGUCUGUCGCACAACACCACAGAGGCGGUGAAGAAAAGCAGCUUGCCCUGGAGCAAGUGCUUGGAACGCCCCAGGAAAGAGAGCGGGACACAGAAGGCCAAGGAAGAGCCCCUCCCGAGCAAGCCGGGCAGCAAGGAGAAGGUGGCAGAAGAAAAGGGGAAAGAGCCCGAGAGAAACCGGCGGGGGGAAAGCCGGUAGAAGCCAAGGAGAAGCCAGGGAAGCAGGUGGGAGAAGCCAGGCAGGAACCAGCGGCAGCAGCUGGGAAAGGCUCCUCGGAGGCAAAGGAGAAGCCGGGAGGAAGCGGGAAAGGGCCAGGAGAACUCCGGGAGAAGGCCCCUCAAGGCGGAGGAGAAAGGAAGAAGCCAGAGCCAGUCCUGGGAGGAACGGCAGGCGGAUCAGGAGGGGAAAGGAAGGAGAAAGCAGCCGAAACCAAGGAGGUGACGACAGGAGGAGGAGGACUUGAGGGAGGCAACGCUUGUGACCAGGCGCCACCGGAGGAGGAGGAUGAGGACGUGUGGUAUGAAACAGAGAAGGUGUGGCUGGUCCAGAAGGAGGGAUUCGCUCUCGCUACCCAGCUCAAGCCAGAUGUUGGGACUCCAGAGCUACCUCAAGGGAGAGUCCGGGUCCGAGUGGAAGCAGACGGCUCCGUCAUCGAGGUGGAUGAAGAAAACGUCCACAGAACCAAUCCUUCCAGGUUCGACUACGCCGAAGACCUGGCCUCCCUGAUCUCUCUGAAUGAGUCGAGUGUCCUCCACACCCUCCAGCACCGGUACCAGUCACAGCUGCCCUACACCUACGCCGGCACCAACUUGAUAGCCAUCCAGCCUGGCUCCUCUGCAACCAGCUCCUCAAAGAAGGCAUUCAAAGGGAAGCGGGACGGGAUGCCCCCGCACAUCUUCUCUGUGGCACAGAGAGCGUACUGGACCAUGCUGAUGCAGCGGCAGGACCAGACCAUCCUGCCCUUGGGCCGGAGCGGGGCCGGCAAGACCAGCUGCUGCCUGCAGGCCCUGGAGUACCUGGUGGCCACUGCGGGCAGCCUGGACAACCGCGUCACAGUGGAGAAGAUCCAGGCCAUGUUCACGGUGCUCAAAGCCUUUGGGACGGUCUCCAGCGGCCACAGCCCAGCUGCCACCCGCUUCUCGAUGGUCGUGGCCCUGGAUUUCAGCGCCACGGGCCGGAUCACGGCUGCUCACCUGCAGACCAUGCUGCUGGAGAGGAUCCGGGUGGCGCAGCAGCCGGAGGGCGAGAGCAACUUCAGCAUCUUCUCCCAAAUGCUGGCAGGGCUGGAUUUGGAUCAGAGGACGACCCUGCAUCUGCAUCACAUGGUGGACAGCAACGCUUUUGGCAUUCACCCGUGCAUGAAGGGUGAAGAGAAGCAGAAGGCAUCGGCUGCGUUUUCUCAGCUCCAAGCUGCCAUGGAGACCCUGGGAAUCGUGGUGGAGGAGCAGAAAGCCAUUUGGCGAGUCCUGGCUGCCAUUUACCACCUGGGAGUUGCGGGAGCGUGCAAAGUCGGCAGGAAGCAGUUCAUGAGGUUCGAGUGGGCCAACAAUGCAGCAGAAGUGCUGGGAUGCGAGUUCGAGGAGCUCACGGCCUCUGUUUUCAAGCACCACCUCAAGCGGAUUAUUGAGCAAGUGACGGCUGGAUCUCGGGGAUCACUCGGCCAGGAUGAGGACCAACCCGAGGGUCCCAAGAUGACUGGUGUGGAGUGCGUGGAGGGGAUGGCCGCAGGACUCUACGAGGAGCUGUUUGCUGCCCUUGUGUCUCUGAUCAACAGGUCCUUCUCCUCCAACCAUCUCUCCAUGGCCUCCAUCAUGGUGGUGGACACCCCCGGCUUCUGCAACCCGCGACACCACAGGAAGGAAAGGGCUGCGACGUUUGAAGAGCUCUGCCACAACUAUGCUCAAGACCGGCUGCAGAUGCUCUUCUACGAGAGAACCUUCGUCUCCACCCUGGAGAGGUACCGGCAGGAAAAUAUCGAGAUGGCUUUUGAUCCGCCUGAUCUUUCUCCUGCAAGUACCGUGGCUGUUAUGGAUAAAAACUCAUCCAAGGUCCACGUCUCGGCUGGGGCCCAGGCGGAGGAGCCCAAGGGCCUGCUCUGGGUUCUGGACGAGGAGGCCUUGGUCCACGGCUCAAGCGACAGCACCGCACUCGAUCGCCUCUGCUCUUACUUUGUGAAGGAAGGGACACAGGAGGAAGAGCAGGGAUUCCUCCGCAAGUGUGAGCAGCCGCUGCAGUUUGAGAUCUCCCACCACCUUGGCCAAGACCCCGUCCGCUACGAUGCCACCGGCUGGGUGGCUAAGGCCAAGUGGAACCUCUCAGCAGAGAAUGCGAUCCAGAUUCUGCAGCAGUCCAAAAUAGAUGCUCUGAAGAAGUUGUUCCUGCAGCGGUCCAGAAUGCCCCUGGUGUGCCGGUCCGUGGCCGGCUUGGACGGAAGCUCCCAGCAGACUCUGCAGCGGGUCGGCAGCGUGAGAAAGACCUUCACGAGCAGCUUUGCAGCAGUGAAGAAGAAAUCCGUCUGUGCUCAGAUCAAACUCCAGGUGGAUGCUCUGGCUAACCUCGUGAAGCGAUCCCAGAUCCAUUUUGUCCAUUGCCUCAUCCCAAGAACGGCUGUGGAUGGGAUGAAAGAGAAGACGCUGCAGCCUUCCGGGAUGCCGGGGGCGACCGGGUGGGACGUCCCAGCCCUGCGAGUCCAGCUUUCUGGGGGGCAGAUCCUGGAUGCCUUGAGGCUCUACAGAGCAGGGUACGCAGAUCGGAUGGCGCUGACUCAGUUCCGGCGCCGCUUCCAGAUCCUCGCGCAGCCAGUGAUGAAAAAAUACACCUCUGCCUAUGAGACGACAGAUGAGGAUAAGGCUCUGGAGGAGCUCUUCCAGGCGCUCAAUUUGGAGAAGAAAAGUGUCGCCGUGGGCCACACACAGGUGUUCCUGAAGGCCGGGCUGCUCUCCAGGCUUGAGAAGCAGAGGGAGAAGCUGGUGUCUCCCAACCUGACGCUCCUCCAAGCCGCCUGCAAGGGCUUCCUCUCCCGGCAGCAGUUCAAGAGACUGAAGAUCCAGCGGCUGGCCAUUCGCUGCAUCCAGAAGAACGUGGCCGUGUUCCAAGCAGUGAAGACCUGGCCCUGGUGGGUGCUGAUGUGCCGCGUUCGGCCACUGCUGAGUGCCAACCUUCAGGAAGGCCAGCUCCGUGCCAAGGAGGAAGAGCUUGCGGUGCUCAGGAAGAAGCUGCAGGCCUUGGACCUUUCACGGCAGGAGUUUCGGCAGAGCACUGAAGGGCUAGAGACAAAGAUUGUGGAUCUCACCACAGAGCUCUCUGACGAACGCUUGAAAGGGGACGUGGCCUGCCAGGUGCUGGAAGCGGAGCGUGCUGAGAGGCUGCGAGGGGCACGGGAGAUCAAAGAGCUGCAGAGCAAAUAUGACCAGCUGCAGAAGAAACUGGAGUCUGCAGAAAAGCGACUGGAGGAAGUGCAGCAGGAGCUGCAGAUCCGCGACCUUGAAGCCCGAAGCUCUGGGAAAGAGGGCGAGUGGCAGAUGCGCCUGGACUGUGCUCAGACCGAGAUCGGGUUCCUCCGGAAGAGGGUCUCGCAGCUGGAGGAGAGGCUGGAGUCGGAGCGGAACUCCAAGCAAGAGCUGGAGCAGAAGCUCAGCCAGGCCCAGAAGGCCUAUGAGGGGGCCAAGCGGGUGGCCCAGCGGCUGAAGAGGAAGUGCAAGCAGUUGACCUGCGACCUGGAAGACACCCGCGUCCUGACGGAGAGCCAGCAGAGCCGCAGCCACGAGCUGGAGAAGAAGCAGAAGAAGUUUGACAUGCAGCUGGCCCAAGCCCUGGGAGAGUCGGCCUUUGAGAAGAGCCUGCGGGAGAAAGUGGCACUGGAGAACACGGGCCUGCAGUACGCGCUGGCCAAGCUGCAGCAGCGCUUGGAGGAGAAAGAAUCCGAAAACUCCGGACUCAGUCAGCGGAUCGCGGUGCUGGGCGCCCGCGUGCAGGAGCUCAGCGCCUCCAGCAGCCUGGACCCCACUGCCGUGGCCGCCCUCCGGAAGAAGCUCUGGGACCUGGAGGCCAGCGCGGCCGAGCAGCAGGAGGAGUUGAGGGGCCAGGCGCGCACCAUUGAGCAGCUGGAGCAGCUGCACCUGAGACUGGAACUGGAGAUCGAGCGGACGAAGCAGCUUCACCAGAAGGAGCUGGAGGACAAAGAGGAGGAGCUGGAGGACGUCCGGCAGUCCUGCCAGAAACGGCUUCGCCAGCUGGAGAUGCAGUGUGAGCAGGAGUGCGAGGAGAAGCAGAGGAUCCUCCGUGAGAAGCAGGACCUGGAAGGCCUCAUCGCCACACUUUGCGAGCAGAUUGGCCACCGAGACUUCGACGUGGAGAAGAGGCUCCGGCGCGACCUGAAGAGGACCCACGCUCUGCUGGCGGACGUGCAGCUCCUGCUGGCCACCGCGGGGGGAGACGCCGGCCCGCUGGGGAGCAAAGAGGAGCUGGAGAAGCUUCGCAGCCAGUGGGAAGAGAGCGAGGCCAGGUUGGCAGAGGCCCAGAAGUCACAUGAGGUGCUGGCCCAGGAACUGGAGAACCAGCAUGCGGAGCUGGAGGCCAUCAGUCGGAACAAGAAUUUGGUUGAUGAGCAGUUGUAUCAGCUGCAGCACGAACGAGCCGAUCUCCUGAAGCGCAUUGAGGAGGACCAGGAAGACCUGAACGAGCUGAUGGCCAAACACAAGACUCUGAUUGCCCAGUCUGCAACAGACAUCGGCCAGAUCCAGGAGCUACAGACCCAGCUGGAAGAGGUGAAGAAGGAGAAGCACAGCCUGCAGGAGAAACUGCAGGCCGCUCAGGCCCAGCUGGCCUACUUGGAGCAGUCCAUGGUGGAGCGGUCCAUCGUCAGUCGCCAGGAGGCCCUCAUCUGUGACCUGGAGAACAAGAUGGAGUUCCAGAGGGUGCAGAUCAAGCGCUUUGAGAUGCUGGUUCUGCGUCUUCGGGACAGCGUGAUCAAGGUGGGGGAAGAGAUGGAGAAAGCAAAGGAAGCCGAAGCGCGAGAAAAGGAGAAUGCCUGCUACUACCAGCUGCGGAUGGAGGAGAUGAAGGCGGACCUGACAGAGCUGGCGCAGAGGGAGCUGGAAGCCAAUCGCAGGAGGGUGGAGCUGGAGAAGCAAGUGGGCGAGCUUUCUGCCGUGAGGCAAACGCUGCAAGCAGACCUAGAGACCUCGAUCCGGCGCAUUGCAGACUUGCAGGCAGCUCUGGAGGAGGUGCAGUCGAGCGAUGACAGUGACACAGAGAGUGUCCAGACUGCUCGAGAAUCGCUCAGCUCAAGGCACGAGACGGAGAGCCAGCUGAGCCUGGGGUCCAGCUGGAGCUUGAACCUGGAGCCGGAAGGAAGUGUCCAGUCGUGGUCUGCCUCGACGUCCGGCUGGUCAUCUGCGUCAGGCCCGACUUUGGCUGGAACCCUCUCGAGACAACCGGUGGGCAGCCGCAGCGCACAGAGCCUGAGAAUAGACAACGAUCUCGGCCAGAGUCCACCAGCAUUGUUAAGUGUUAAAAGGCGGGAAUAUGGAAGAAACGGAAGGGAGGAGGAUUUGGGCAGACUCACGAGCCCUUCCCUCAGUGCCCAGAGACGGGAACACGGGAAGCUCCUCUCCAUAGAGGAGUUGGAUGUGCCCAAAAACACAGGUUCCGUCUCUCCGUCUGUGAUGAGGAAAUGGUCCUCUCCAGCAGCAUCUGCAGAAGGAAAACUGCCCAGUCCCGUGUCCCCAUCAGUGAUUAGAAAGAUGUCUCCUUCAGCCGAUGGCAAAUUGUCACGCUCUUCGUCGGCACUUUCGGAAUACGUCGAAGAGCUGCGGAGGCAGAGGCUGAAAGACAGAGAGCCGGGAGCCUUAGCGCUGGAUGAGGCUUCGUCUUUGCCCAUUUACCAGACCACGGGGGCCUCGUCCCUUAGAAGAUGCAGGACUUUGCAGGAGGAUGAAGAUUACUCAGUAAAGCCCGACAGACCUGGGGGGGAGAGUGGUGGAGCCGGCCUGACUCGGUCCUCCAGCCUGCGCAGCGUCUCCUCCGAGGGCAAGCCGCCGCCAGCCCCCUCGCCCAUCCUGAAGAGGGUCUCCAAGUUUGGUUCCUACGACUCCCUUGUUCAGAACAUGGAUGGUGCGUACUCAGAGCUCAGCCCGCCAGCCCUGGGAGGAAACACUUUCAGCGCCUCCUCAAGGCAAAAGCCGUGGAGGGGCAGCCUGUCAGCGUCAUUGGAAGGAGUGGCCGACACGGCCCCGGGCCAGGAUCCGCUGGGCUUUCAGAGCAAGAGAGCUGGAGAUGUGGCAAGCAAAGGAAAGGAAAGCGACCCGUUCUCUUGGGAAAUACCAACUCUGAGCUACGAAAGAAAGACAAACGUUGAAUUCGACGACAUCCUCCCAGCCAUCCGGAAAGCCCAGUCCACAAGCAGCUUGUCCCGAGGACCCCGGGAAAGGAAGGAGGGCCACAGGCCCAUGAGCGUCCAUUUUGAAGACCAGAUCUCCACUGAGACCCCCUCAUCACCAAGCCCGAGGCCCAAAGAGGACCCUGGGAACCUCUCCGAUUCCUCCUCAUCUUCCAGCUCCGUGGUGUCUUUCAAAAGUGCCGACAGCAUCAAGAGUCGGCCAAGAAUCCAGAGGCUGGAGGGGGAAGGAUGUGUUGAGAAAGGAAGCGCCACUAGUGCCAAAGAUGGCGGGCGGUCUGAGGCAGACGGGAAGGACGACGAUGUGAACAGCAUCAUGAUGAAAUACCUGGGGAAGGAAUGAGGAGCCCAGAUAUCAACAGAAGCAGCAUCAAAGAUGGAUCCGUUUGGACCGUUCUCUCCCGCAGGCAGUGGUUUCUCCUCCCCUGGCCCUGUCCGUGUUCCUGACCCAAAAACGCAAAGAUGUGUGACAGACAAACGGCGCAGAAGCUGUUUUGGGAGUUCUCUGCAACUAAAAUACAAAA